UGGCAGCACUUUGCGUUUGCUCGUUGCUCGAUUCAAUGAUGCACUAAUCCAGUCGGCCAUUAAAGCGAGCUACGUUGAUCGCGCGAAAGCUGCUUCCUGCUGCGUGUAUUCCCGUCGAGGGAAAACAAGAGUCUGUUCAUUUUUCUUCAUCCAAAAUUAUUUGCUGUAUCGGCAUUCAUUAUAGUGGGAUAUUCUGAAAUUCAACGAGUUUGGUAGCGUCUGUUCGUUCGUAUAUCUCAGUUUGGCUGUGUCAAGGAAAAAUCUUAGCGAAAAGCAUCGAAAACAAAUAUAUAUAAAGCGCGCGCAGGCACGAAAAGAAAAGCAGCGUUCUUAUUUUGUCGGAAUCAUUUUUGCCACGGUGAAGAUAGCUUGAUGCGCCGAAUCGGCACCCUAGCCGUUAUCCACAUCCGUUAGAUGCUUGGCGAGCGAUAAGCCAAUCUCAAUAAAAAAGAGCAACAGAAAAGUCCAUUAAAGAAGCAAAAUCAUUGCGAAAAAAAACAUAAAAAAUCGUAUUUUCUUUGGCUCGUCGAACGAGCCGCGAUGGAUGCUAUCUUGAAAUGACUUUAGAGAGAAAUCAACGCCUGACAAAACUACAACUCGGUCGAGCGAGAGAUUCAUCUGCUUUUUCGCCUCGGUCGGAUCGGCGCCUCAUUAUUUUCCUCGUCUUUUAAGAAUUUUAGAUUCUCAAAGCGAGGAGACGUCGCUACCACUGCCGCAACAAGACGAAAUAACAGAGUGAAAAAGACAAAAAAGUGAAUCCCCGAAGUUCCGGUUAAGGUAAGCGCACGCGCUCGUGCAACACUCUGCAAACAUGAGCGUUAUUAUCAGACUACAAAACCUGGCGUGGUCGGCGAACGCCCUCGACAUUCGUCAAUUUUUCCGAGGCUUGAGCAUACCGGAAGGAGGUGUUCAUAUUGUUGGUGGUGAAUUAGGAGAUGCUUUCAUAGCUUUCAGUACGGACGAGGAUGCGCGUCAGGCGAUGAUGAACGACGGGGGCAAAAUCAAGGAGAUGAAGAUCAAAUUGUUGCUGAGUUCUCGGACGGAGAUGCAAAAGGUGAUCGAGACAGCGAGACAGCAAACAUUAUCGCUGCAAUCAUUCAUGCAGAAUACGGCGGCUAGCGUUGUGAGCAACGCGAUAAUAGGCGGCGGGGGAGGAAAGACAGGGGCGGCCGACUCGAUGUCAACGGGAGGAGCGGGGGGGGGGAUCGAGAAGCGAGAAAAGGAUCGCGAUUGCGAGAACGAAACAACAACGACGAGCAAAGAUCGAAAAGAUCGCCGGGAGCGUUCCCGAUCGCGGUCACGGGAUCGCGAUCGCGAUCGGGAUCGGGAUCGAGACCGUGGGCGGGAUCGUGAUCGAGGGCGUGAGAGACGGAGGCGGGAUCGUAGCAGGUCGCGGGAUCGGGAUCGAGAUCGACGAGAUCGUCGGAGACGCAGAGAUCGUUCAAGAUCGCGAGAUCGGACGCGAUCUCGCGAUCGCGAUGGUAGUAAAAGAAGCGGCGGGAACGAUCGUCGCAAGGAUAUGAACGAGGACGAUUCGAGCGAGGUAGUUAUCGUCGGGCACUUUCCGAAGGACAAACCGGGAACCGGUGGUUCCGUUGGUACGGGCAUCAAGGGGGGAACCCCGGGAAAGAAAAUGGGCGUAGCCGACAACGGUAUCUGGGAAGUACCGCCCCAAAAUCAAAUGCAAAACGUAAUGCUUGCACCGGGUAUAUUAGGAGCGGGGGUAGCCGCGAUGGCUCAAGAUUCUGAGCAAAGAUCGUUGCCGUUUGGCGCCCCUGGAUCACUCGGACAAGGACCCAUGCUACCUUCCAAUCAAUUUGCCCUUAACGGCCUUAACGGGGUUUCGAGUAUCGUACCACCCCCCGGUGUCGGUCUGGGGAUCAACGCUGUUUUACCACCAAACCUGACUAGCGCCGGUAUAGCCAAUCUCGGUCCGCUCGGUCCGCUCGGUUCCUCCAUCAAUCGCGCGAGAGAAGCGGCAGCGGUCGCAGCUUGGGCUCCUUCCGAACAAUCCUCGCGUUAUCCUUCAAGAUCGAGUCCCUGUUUCGCUCCUCAGGAUAUCGUCACCGGCGGAGGAGGCGGAGGCCCGUACAACGCUGCUUUUGGAAAUAAUUCAAAUUCAUCGGGUUAUAGACCGAGCGGUUUGCGACCAAAUCACCCCAUUCUCAUCAACAAAAUGCAAGAAUUGGACGGGCGUAGAAAUCCAAAUACUUAUCAGCAACAGCAGCAGCAGCAACAACAACAAGCGAACAAUCUCAGUCAGCAUUACGAUACCUUUGGACCAAAUGGAUCCGAAUCGCGUGAUCGUGGCUCAAGAAAUUCUUGUAAUACAAAUUCAUCGAGAUUUUCGAACGACGGCGGCGGGCAUCAAAAGUUGGAUGGGAACUGCGUCGAAGUGAGAAACAUGCCGCUCGAUACGAAUUAUAGCGAUAUUAGACACGCGUUUCAAGGUCUUUACAUAAGAAAGGACGGGUUGAAAUUGAUAAACGAUACGCACGGUAAUCGCGUAGGAAUAGCUUAUAUAAAAUUUAGCAAGGGAGAAGGUAAAGAUGCCGCUCUUACCGGGUCACGAUUCAUCCGUGGUUCCGAGGUCGAAGUUCUUCAUCUCGAUGAAAACAUUUUUGACAAAGCGAUCGAUUCUUUCGUACCGGAGAGGAACAAUUCCCAAGAAAAAUCAAACAACAAUUCGCCAACGAGAGAAACGGAAAAACAGCAAACCCUCGGUGGCAGCGGGGGGGGAGGUACCGUCGCGGCUAACAAUUCCAACGAAAAAGCAUCCUCGAAUUCGUCAUUGUGUAUACACAUUACCGAAUUGCCGAGCUUUACCAAAGAAAUGGACAUUGCCAAAUUAUUCAACGAUUCGAAGAUCAACGAUCUUUUUAUAAGCGUUACGAAGGAUUCAAAGUCUGCUUACGUACAAUUUUCUCGGCUCGAGGAGGCCAAGAGCGCUCUAACGGGAGGAGGAAAAUUAAAAAUCGGCGGUAAAACAGUUGUGACGAGCUCGAUAAGCGAGGAAAAAUUCAUCGCCGCAAAGAGAAUUCACGAGCAAGAAAAUCAUGGAAACGAAGCAGGAUACGCGGGUACGUCCGGGGCGGGGGGAGCGGCUUCCGGGACGGAAUGUGUUCUCGUGCGAGGUAUACCUUUUCACGCGAUGACACGGGACGUUCUCGAUUGGUUCGCCGAUGGAAUUGGUAUUGUGCCUCACAGAAUACACAUGAUGCUGAACGCAAAUGGUAAACCGGCUGGCAAGUGUUUCUGUGAAUUUGAUAAUCCGGAGGAUGCCGCUCGAGCGACUACGAAAAAUGGGGUGCCUUUUGGUAAAAAUUUACCGAGCAUAGAACUGGUCGGACGUGGCAAAAUGUUGGAGGCCCUCGCAAUAGCCGAGGCUCAAAUGAUGGAAGCCCAACAUCAUCAGCAUUAUUCCCAAAAUCCGGGAGGAGAUAUGAGACCACCGCCGCGCUUUUCACCGAUGCCACCGCUGCGUUUUGGUAACGGUGGCGGGGCCUCCGGUGCUUUCGGUCCUCUCCGAGGUGGGCCACCGCCUCCUCCGCCACCCGGCAUGCAUAUGGGAAUGCACAUGGGUCGACACAUGGGGGGUGGCGGUGGCGGUGGCGGCGGCGGCGGCGGCGGCGGCGGCGGCGGCGGCGGCGGCAUGCCCAGGCAUCCCGAUUACGUCGAGGGCUUCGGUAAACCCGGCUGCGUUCUCUCUCUUGAGAACGUUCCCUUCAAAGCGGACAUUGAUGAGAUUAUCGAAUUCUUCCGUGACUUUGACGUCAAACGAGAAAAUGUCAUAAGACGCUACAAUGAAAAAGGUAUGCCUACCGGUGAUGCCAGAGUCGCUUUCGUAUCACCGAACGAGGCUCAACGAGCUCUUCGCGAAUUAAGACACUGCAAAGUACGCGAUCGUACGAUAUUCAUGAAAAUAGCAUGAGACCGUCCAACGAUCGGAGGAGGAGGAGGAGGAGGAGGAGGACCCUUCUCAUCUUCAAAACCCGACGAUUAAUUCUCACCGGAAUCAUAGUCCGCGACGACGACGACGACGACGACGACAUCAUCAUCAUCAUCAUCUUCCUCGGGGUGCACCAGCUUUCUUAUUAUUUUCAUUAUUUUUUAACUCGGAACUUGUUAUCCUGUCGCAUUUUGGCCGUACUUCUCGGAUCGCUUACAACUUGCCCACAGAGUAUGUACGUACAAGAUACAUACAACCGCAGUGGAACCUAGUCUUGUACGAAAUUUGACGAAUUUUCAUUGUAAACGAAAAACAACAACUGGAUAAAAAGACUCGAUGAGACAAUAUACAUGUAUAUUGAUUUAAUCACGGCCGCCGAUAAUCCGAUUGACUCGAGAAUCGAGUGGGCGCGUGUGCGAGCAGCGCGUUCGAGUUGUUACAUUGACUACAUUGCGACUCACCGAAAUGUAUAGAAUCGGCUCAUUCCUUUGUACAUACGCGAAAGCAAAGCGCUUUAAAAGUAAUAAUAAAUAAAAAUACGUAUUUCAA